GUCACGCAAAAACGAAAUCAUUAAAGUACCGGUUUGUUCUGCCCUUAAAACAGUUCCUGGUACGUCCCACAUGCAGCGACUGUGAUAGGGAACAGCCCCCUGACGUGGUUAAAGGCCAAAAUGGCGUUGCUUAGAUGUGCUCUGCGAUCAGGAAAGAAUGCAGUUGGUGCUAUCUUACGGAGAGAGUUCCACAAGACAUCGGCUGCCUCACUACAAAUGACAGUGCGAGAUGCCCUAAACCAAGCCAUGGACGAGGAGCUGGAACGAGAUGAGCGAGUAUUCCUCCUUGGUGAGGAGGUUGCUCAGUAUGAUGGGGCGUACAAAGUUAGCAGGGGUCUGUGGAAGAAAUAUGGAGACAAGCGCAUCAUUGACACUCCUAUCACUGAGAUGGGAUUUGCAGGGAUUGCUGUGGGUGCAGCUAUGGCUGGUCUGAGGCCCAUCUGUGAAUUCAUGACCUUUAACUUCUCUAUGCAAGCCAUCGACCAAGUCAUCAACUCUGCGGCCAAGACGUACUACAUGUCCGCAGGACUGCAGCCCGUGCCAGUCGUGUUCCGGGGGCCCAAUGGGGCCUCGGCGGGGGUGGCGGCCCAGCACUCGCAGUGCUUUGCGGCCUGGUAUGGACACUGCCCUGGCCUCAAAGUCAUCAGUCCGUGGAACUCGGAGGACGCUAAAGGGCUUCUGAAGUCGGCUAUCCGUGAUGACAAUCCCGUGGUAUUCCUGGAGAAUGAGUUGAUGUAUGGUGUCCCGUUUGAGAUGCCAGAAGAGGCACAAUCGAAGGAUUUCAUCAUUCCCAUUGGAAAAGCAAAAGUGGAGAGAGCAGGUGAUCACAUUACACUGGUAUCACAUUCCCGAUAUGUGGGGCACUGUCUGGAGGCGGCAGCCAUCUUGGCAAAAGAAGGUAUUGAAUGUGAGGUAAUUAACCUUCGUACCAUUCGGCCUAUGGAUGUGGAAACUAUAGAGACAAGUGUAUUGAAAACAAACCACCUGGUGACAGUGGAGGGCGGAUGGCCACAGUUUGGUGUUGGAGCAGAGAUCUGUGCCUUGAUCAUGGAGGGGCCGGCUUUCAAUUAUUUGGAUGCACCGGCUGUGCGUGUGACUGGUGUGGACAUCCCCAUGCCUUACGCAAAGAUUUUGGAGGACAACAGUGUACCUCAGAUCAAAGACAUCAUUUUUUCUGUGAAAAAGACACUGAAUGUCUAGUUGGUUAUCAAGUUCCUCGCCCUGCCUCCCCUCCCUCUGGUAUAAUCAUAGGCUCUUUAUCAUCAUGACAAUGAAACUACAUUAAUGCUCCAUUUGCUAAAUGCAUGAAACAUUUUUUUUUUCCAUCUCAGUAUAAGACCAGUGUACAGAAAGCUCUGAUCUUGCAUGCUUCCUCUUCCUCAGCGCUUAUUUAUAAUGCAGAGUUAAACGCACAAUUUCCAUUUGCUAAGUGCUUUUGUCCAAAGUGACUUGUUGUUUAAGAGCACAGAGUGUAUCAGAAUAAAAUAAGAGGUUAUAAAUCCACAAACGGGGACAAUGUAAAUACAACCUAUUAGAUGUUGACUUGCUUCCUACACUUUAUGGAGAGGUAAUCGUAAAAUAAGGUAUGUAGGUGCAUAUUUAGACAUUUGUAUUGCUAAAUAAUAUACAGUUAUACAAAUUAGUCAGUAUGAAUGACCACAGAUUGCAAACAGGUAGUUUAACUGUUAAGUAAAUGGGUAGCCAUUGGGAAAAUGCUGCACUCGAAAAAGUAGUAUUUAUUGCGUAGGGGCCUUGUGCUUUUAUUGUGCAGUAUCAGCAGGCUUUACACAUUCACUGAUGAAUGUAACAUGCUAAUGGAUGGGAAUAUUUUCACCGUUUUUGUCCUGUUACCUUCAAUAUCUCUUGCUGAAACUUUGUCUGUGUAUUUUUGGAAAAAAUAAGGUUCAUUUUUUAGCAUA